AUGUGCGAGAGGCGAAAAGUGAAAUGUGGAGGAUACAAAAAAGACUUCAAAUGGCGACCGUUCGAGGAGACCAACUUGGCUCCUGGCCGACCUACCGUGAAAGCCAAGAAAGCUGCCUCGGAUCAGCCGCCCACGACAGACAGCUUUCCCACGCCUCCGAACACCGAGCAAUCGGCCUCGCCGGUGCGCAUAUCGCACAAGCCUCUUGCGCUUCAUUCGCCGCCCGGUUCCCCGAUGCAGAGUUCCCCGAUUAGUAUCACCAGUUUCCCGUCAGAAGUACCCUCGACCGAUGAUCUCUCGGCAAAUCGAGAUGAAUCCUCCAUGGUCGAUGGCAGCGUGCCGCUGAAUGUGAAUGUUUCUUUGUCGGCCGACUCGCCUCCUUUCAACUUCCUUUCCUUCUUAGAACCCUUUCAAGACUCGCUAUCGCUGGCAAAUUCGUUAGUCUCGGAUGCCGACACAGGCCCGAGCAAGCCAGUACAUUUUGGACCCGAACAGAUAAGCCUCACUGCCUCCGGGCUGAGUUUCUCCCAGCUGCUGGAAGACGAAGACGACGAUAUCGAAGAAAUCAUCCGUCGGUCGGAUCCCGGUCUGGGACCGUGGAAUUUGAACUUGCCGGAUAUAGACGCUUUUAAUUUCGAAACCUGCAGUGUCCCCGGGAGUCCCUCUUUGCCUGCAGGGAGCCCCGAAAUGCUGGUCUUGCGAUUUGACAAGCUCACCUGUGGAAUCCUCUCCGUCAAGGAUGGGGCUUCGGAGAACCCAUGGCGCACGCUGGUCUGGCCACUAGCGAAGAGCACGCCUGCCCUCCGCCAUGCGAUCUUCGCCCUGGCGGCUUUCCACUCGGGAAAGGAAAACCAGUAUCUCCGAGUCCAGGGCGUGAAGCACAUGAGACAAAGUAUGGCGUUCCUGGUGGAGAAUAUUCAGAACAUGCGAGCCGACACCGCACUGGCAACCAGUCUGGCGCUAGCGUUCGCAGACACUUGGGAUCAACAUACGCGAACCUGUAUCCAGCACCUGCGUGGAGCAAAGGCUUUGAUGUCCCAGGUCAUCACAACCGGUAUGCAAGGAACGGCCAGUGACGAGGAACUCGACCGUAUCCGCUUUCUGUAUAACACCUGGUCCUAUAUGGAUGUGAUAGCGCGCUUGACCUCGCUGGAUGACUGCGGUCCCCAAAAUUGGGAUUCAUCUAUCUUCGACGUACCCAAUAACACAGUGCACGAUAUUGAUCCUUUAAUGGGCUGUGCGACGACGUUAUAUCCCUUGAUGAGUCGAGUUGCGAAGUUGAUCCAACACGUCCGCAAGAGCGUGUCGAAUACCGUAUCGGUUGUGGCGCAAGCAAUGGAGCUCAAGGCUCUGCUCGAGCAGUGGGAGCCUCCGCGCUGGUUUGAGCCGCCGGAGGACCCCCAAUCUGAGGUUCAGCAUAGUAUCCAGGUAGCGCAUGCUUAUCGCUGGGCUACACUGCUAUAUCUGCACCAGGCCGUUCCGGAGAUUCCCUCUGAGCCCGCAGAUGAGCUAGCCAAACGCGUGCUCAUCUUGCUGGCCACUGUUCCAUACACAUCUCGCACGACCAUCAUUCAAAUGUUCCCUCUGGUAGCAGCGGGCGCGGAGGUUGACGCCGAUGAUGAUCGCAAAUGGGUUCUGGACCGAUGGACCACAAUCCAGGCUCGAUUGAUGCUCGGCGGGGUCGACCGGUGCUUGGAGGUCUUGAAGGAAGUCUGGGGUCGUCGUGAUGCCAUGAAUGCAAGGAGGGAGCACGAGAUGGGCUCGCGACGAGCUGGGUCGGCUUCUUCGGACAGAGAGCGCACGAGCUCUUCCUUGCCGAAUGAUUUCAACAACUACGGACUCAACGGGUUCCGUAAGAAUUCGAUGGCUGGUCGGGGCCAGGUCAGACAUGCGCGUCGAGGCUCAGCUUUGGCUUCAUUGGAGAACAUUGAGUUCGAGAGAACUGUUCGUGGCAAGUUGCACUGGGUGAAUGUGAUGGCUGAAUGGGGAUGGGACGGUUGGUUUUGCAAUCCCUUUUUGAUCAAGUCUCCCAACUGA